AUGACAGCCAUGAAGGGAGACUCGGAGGAAAGCAUUGAGAGCAUCAGGCCCUCCAACCUGCAAGCCUUUGCCAACACCUCCACCCUGCAUGGCAUGAGCCACAUCUUUGCCUAUGGGCAUAUGACUUUCCGCCGCUUCCUGUGGUCUCUGUCGUUCAUUGGCUCACUUGGCUUGCUGCUCCUGGUGUGCAUGGACCGCGUGCAGUACUACUUUGAGUACCCCCACGUCACCAAGCUGGACGAGGUGGCGGCGCCCAACCUCACCUUCCCGGCUGUCACCUUCUGCAACCUCAACGAGUUCCGCUUCUCCAGGAUCACCCGGAAUGACCUCUACCACGUAGGCGAGCUGCUGGCGCUCCUCAACGAGAACUAUCAGAUCGCCAACCCGCACCUGGCCGAGCCCGAGGUGCUGGAAGCCCUGAAGGACAAGGCGAACUUUGCCAACUUCAAGCCCAAGCAGUUCAACAUGACUGACUUCUACAACCGCACGGGCCAUGACAUCAACGAAAUGCUUCUACAGUGCACUUACCGGGGAGAGGAGUGCUUCCCCGUGAACUUCUCUACUAUUUAUACAAGAUACGGAAAGUGCUACACGUUCAACUCGGGCUUGGACGGGAACCCCCUGCUCACCACGCUGAAGGGCGGCACGGGCAACGGGCUGGAGAUCAUGCUGGACAUCCAACAGGACGAGUACCUCCCAGUCUGGGGGGAGACAGACGAAACAUCCUACGAAGCAGGCAUCAAGGUUCAGAUCCACAGCCAGGAUGAGCCGCCCUUCAUAGACCAGCUGGGAUUUGGUGUGCCCCCUGGCUUUCAAACUUUUGUGUCAUGUCAGCAACAACUGCUCCAGUACCUCCCCCCGCCCUGGGGAGACUGCAAGUCAACCCCCAUCGACUCCGACUACUUCUCUACGUACAGCAUCACUGCUUGUCGCAUCGACUGCGAGACACGCUACCUGCUGGAGAACUGCAACUGCAGGAUGGUCCACAUGCCAGGAAGUUCUACUGUUUGCACCCCAGAGCAGUACAAAGACUGCGCUGAUCCUGCCUUAGAUUUCCUGGUAGAGAAAGACAAUGACUAUUGUGUGUGUGAGACUCCCUGUAACAUGACCCGGUAUGGCAAAGAGUUGUCCAUGGUGAAAAUCCCCAGCAAAGCCUCAGCAAAGUAUCUGGCAAAGAAAUUCAAUAAAACCGAACAGUACAUCGGGGACAACAUUCUGGUCAUGGACAUCUUCUUUGAGGCUCUGAAUUAUGAGAAGAUUGAGCAAAAGAAAGCAUAUGAGCUUGCCGGAUUACUAGGAGACAUCGGUGGACAGAUGGGCCUGUUCAUCGGAGCCAGCGUUUUAACAAUAUUGGAAAUAUUUGACUACUUAUAUGAGGUGUUUAAGGAUAAGGUACUGGGUUAUUUCAUACGAAAGAAAAGACCGCAGCGCUGUCCAAGCGACAAUUUGGAAUUUCCAGAGAACUCAACCAGCCCUGGUGUCACGCCCAAUCAUGCCCCCAGAGCACCUGCGACACACUCCGGAGUCACUCGGACAGUCUCGGAUUCACGUCGAACAUGCUACCUCGUCACCCGACUGUAGGCAACUUUGAAGAGUUCGCCUGUUGACGACUCAAGCAGCAGGGCUGGGUGGGUUCAGGAAAACUAGGGUUAGACAGCAUACUGUGAAGUCAUAUAUUCAAGAAACAAACAAACGAACAUACAAAAAAAUAGAAUACAAAACAAAACUCCAAUCACAUCAAAAUUAUUCACUCAAUCAAUGCCUGACAUAGAAAUAAUAUUCUUCUCAUCAAGUCCAAACAAGUGACACUUCCAAACCAGAUCUCAGGUUUUACUGCCACCUGUGGGCAUCAAUGUGACACUACACCAUUUCAUUGCGUUUGUAUCCCUGCCACACUGCAUUUGAGUCACCUCUGCAGGUUGAUGACCCCGAUGAAGACAAAAUGCCACCAUGAACAAAAACGAGAUGUAUAAUUUCAAGUAGGCCUUCAUUAUCUUCGUCUGUUAUUAAUUGUGACAGGCAGAGGGUGCUCAGAACCCAUUUCCAUUUUUUCAGACUUAAUUGACCUCACUGGGCGAUCACAUGCAGCAGGCGUUCUGUUACAAACUAGAAGAGUACCGGAGGUUGGUCUGGCCAACUUAUGAUCCAGUAAAAUCAUAUAUUUGCCCAUAGCCUUUUGCCCCUGUUUCUUCGUUAUUAAAGUCGGAGUUUAGGUUUCCCAUUUAUAACUAUACCACCAUCAUACCUCUCUUUCCCACCUUGCUAGUUUGAUCUUGAUUAUGAUGUUUAGAAAGUUGGUUGCAUCAUAAUGCAAGGAUAAUUUUAUUAUUAGAGAUCAUUUUGUAUAAUGAAAAGGUCCAUGUUACUGAAAGUGGUCAUUUUGUGCAGCAAAACAGAUGGAGUUUCUAUACCAGUAUUUCUAUAUCGUAUGAUGGACCAACACAGAAAUGCAGUAUGUUACACUUCUAAAAGGUUGGUCAAAAAGCACCAUGAAUUUAACUAUAUUGACAUCUAAUGAAACUCAAUUCCUCCUCAAAAUACUGUGAAAUUUGCACAACUUUGCACUUUGCAAGGCGUUCAUUUUGAGGACAUUGACACAAAGCUGUCUCAUCUGAAACCACAACCCAGGUUUUGCACAACUACCCAUAUUUGAGUAACCAUAUUAUCCCCCCCCCACC